AGGCAGCCUCACUUCUCUGCUAACCUUCCAGAGAUAGUAUACAAGAUGUGGUGGUGCAGAGGCGUUGUGGUGGUGGUGGUGGUGGUGAUGGCGGUGUUGCAGGCAGACACGGUCGUCGGGAGAAACUAUGGCAUGGAAUGUGAAACUCUACCAUCCACAAUUCAUAUAUCUAAAGAGGAAUAUGAUGACACUGGCCGUCUGGUGAGGGUGUGUGAGGAGGACGUGGCUGUCAAUAAGUGUGAGGGAGCCUGUGUGUCCAAGGUGCAGCCCUCCGUCAACACUCCCUCAGGAUUCCUCAAGGACUGCCGGUGUUGUCGGGAGGUGCAUCUGAGGGCGAGAGACAUCACCCUGACACACUGCUAUGACGGAGACGGGGCACGGCUGACGGGGGGUAAGGCGACCCAGCAGGUGAAGCUCAGGGAACCCGCAGACUGCCAGUGUUUCAAGUGUGGCGACUCAACUAGGUAGACUGUAGUGGUGUGGUGGUGAUAUGACAACGUUGCAAUGGUUUUAGUAGAGAUCUGGCAGUAGUGUAACGGUAUUGGUGGUGAUCUGGCGACGUUGUGGGGGUGUGGUGUGGUGUGAUGGUGGUCUGGCAACGUUGUGGGGGUGUGGUGGUGAUCUGGCACAGUUAUGAUGGUGCGGUGGUGAUUUGGCAACGUUGUGGGGAUGUGGUGUGGUGAUAAUGGUGUGGUGGUGAUUUGGCAAUGUUGUGGGGAUGUGGUGUGGUGUGGUGGUGAUGUGGCACUGUUGUGGGUGUGUGGUGGUGUGGUCGUGGUGGUUUGGCAAUAUUGUAGUGGUUUUAAUUGAGAUGUGGCAACAGUAUGAUGGUUGUUGUGGUGAUUUGGCUGCGCUGUAAUGGUUUUAGUGGAGAACUGAGUUGAAUCUUGUGUUAAUUGAUAUCUGGCAACACUGCAGUAGUUUCAUAUUAGUCUAGCAACACUGAAAUUAUCUUAAUAUUGAUCUGGCAACACUGUAAUGGUUUUAGUGAUGAUCUGGCAACAUUGUAGUUGAUUUAAUUAAGAUAUAGCAACACUGUAACCGUUUAGUGAUGAUUUGGCAACACUGUAAUGUUUUGAGUGAGGAAGUAGCAACACUGUAAAAGGCUAAGUGAUGAUCUGGUACCACUGUAUUAGUUUAGUGAUGUCGCAACACUGUAAAUGUUUUAGUGAUAAUCUGGGAACACUAUAAUGGUUUAGUGAUGAUCUGGCAACACUGUAAUUGAUUUAAUAUGGAUAAUUUGGAUACACUGUAAUGGUCUUAGUGAUGAUCUGGCAACACUGUAAUGGUUUUAGUAAUGAUGUGGCAGAUUUUGUAACGGCUUAUUGAUGAUCUGGCAACACUGUAAUGGUUUUAGUAAUGAUGUGGCAGAUUUUGUAACGGCUUAUUGAUGAUCUGGCAACACUGUAAUGGUUCUAGUGAUCUGGCACCACUGUAAUGGUUAAGUGAUGAUCUGGCAUCACUGUUAAGAUGAUAGUGAUAACAGUAAGUUUGGUAGCAACGUAAUUAUGAUUAUUGUUAAGUUAUUAGUGAUUUGGCAUGUUGCAAUGACGGCCAUCUUGCUGACCUGGCACCACUGCAUGACGUCCAGAUUUGGCACCACCACACUCUUGUAAUGGAGACUUGGCACCGCUGCAUGUUAGAUUACUGUAAUAACCAUUCAUUAGUUUAUCUAUUAAUCUGA